AAUUUGGAAAAUGGCGACAGCUGACGACUGACGGCUUUAACAGGACUUGUUCCGAAUAACUGAGUCAUGAAAAGGACUUUAAUCUAUACUCUGUGUGGUGUGGUGGCGCUACUGGCCUCACCUGUCUGUGUAAGCAGUCCACUCCCUGCAGGAGAAUUUCAGACCAAAUGUCUCGAGCGUCACUUCUGGCUCUCGGUUAAGUCCGGCUACCUUGGUCAGAUGGUCCAAUUUAAUUUUGAAGAUCAGCAUGGGCUCCACUCGCUGUCUCCUCAGGAGGCCACCCGUUGUGGCUACACUGUCCUCAUCUCUGACGCUGGAGAUCUGCUCUUCCGAGCCUCAUUCCUGGCCUGUCAUGUAAACAGCCAGACGGGAUCAGACUACUUCCUGCGCGUUUGGCUGUCACAUGUGGGGGCAUAUGGAACGGUGGCAUCAUACCCCUUCCAUCUCCACUGUACUCUGCGGGAGACGUGGAGCCCCAGAGAGUUUCUCUGUGAGGAAAACUUCAUGGAGGUAUCACCUGAGCCGCUGAGGUUGUUCUUGCAGGUGUCCAUUCAGCAGUCUUACCUGCCUGGCAGACCGGCAUACGAGGCGGACGUAGCCAUCAUGUUUCACAAAGACCAGUCCGGGAAGGAGGCCGUGGUUUUGCCCCUCAGAGAGGCUGCUGCUUUAGGCUGCUACAUCUCCCUGCAGACGUCAAGAUUCGUGCUGCGCUGUCCGUACUCGUCUCCGUUGUCGUACAUCGUCAGGGAAGAAGGAGUGGAUUUGGAGGUAGUAAGCGCUUCCAUCUUACACGCACUCCCAGAUGACUUCCUGGUUGUUGACGCCUCCAUUGCCUGUGCUAUCAAUAAAGCCAAAGCAGACGGCUCUGACCUCCUGUGGACUGUCCCUUAUCCUCCUCCUCAGCUGGUUCAUGGACAGUCGGGAGACGGAGGCUUGAGGGUUGGCGUGAACGGCCAGACCCUGAGUGAAGCAGAUAUUAAAGAGAGGGGGUACAAGAUCAGCCAGCAGGAGGGGCGCGUAGAGAUUAGGGUUCCUUUGGGAGCACCGGGUGGACACGUCAAGAGCGGUGUGGUGAAGGGGCAGUACAGUCAGUCCAUGUCUGUGGAUCUGUUCUUAAUGAAUCAGUGGCAGGACCAACGCUGGCCUCUAACGCAGCAUCGCUACUUCAGGCACCUGAAGACGCCUCUCAUCCCACAAAACCUCGUCCUCACCAACAACGAACGCUCAUCAGGGGACUUAUUCUCUGUGUCUUUGGGCCUCUUCACACCUGACGUUCAUCUGCAGAAGGUGGUGUUUGAUGGUGGCGGGGAUCUUCUGACAUGGACCCAACAGCAGGUAGCCAGCGGCCUUGUGGUGUCCAGGCUCUCCCUGUCCAACGGGAGUGUCUUCUACAGGCUCGACGUCUCCUUGUCCCACCCUAAAGUCAUCCCAGAGCAUAUAGGAGGCGGGUCCCAGGUGUACAGCUUCACUUUGACCUUUACUCUGUCCCUCACACCCAGUGGAGAGGUGUUUUACCAUCAUGCUGCUGUGACGCAUCGGGCUCCAUAUCCAGAGCUAGGACCUCCCAGGCUGCAGGGGAAGUGCACAGAGAGCGGCCUGCUGGUGCUCCUGCACCACGGGGCCCAUUCGGAUCUGCAGUGGGAGCUUUUCCUGGGGGCCCGCCGGCUGGACUGGGAUCUGGUGGAGAUGGGUGGAUUCAAAGUGAAGGCAGACGAUGACUACCUGACUGUGAAGAUUCCCUUCUACAGCCCAGGGAUGAUCUAUGAGAAGCUGUCCUUGCGGGGCCUCGUUGGUGGAGUCAGCGUAUCUGUCGUGGACGCCGAGUCCCUCCAGGAACAGGACCAUCUUGUCCAUAAAUGCACAUUUCCUGCCAGAGAACUUCUGGUGUGUCAGCCUGAGGGAAGGAUGGUCGCCAUAGUGGACACCACCCACACUGUCCCGCCCGUCCAGCCCAACAGAACCACUCUGCUGGACCCCGACUGCGGCCCGGUAGAGACCGACAGUGCCAGGGCUCUUUUCAUAUUCAGCCUCGACUCCUGUGGAACGACUGUCACUCAGGUCGUGGGAAAUGAUUUGGUUUAUGAAAACCAAAUCAGCUACUCUCAGGACUUUCAGUCUUUGGAUGAUCCUGUCAUACACAGAGAUGCUCCCUACAGGGUGACUCUCCAGUGCAGCUAUCCGACAAAUGCUACGAAUAUUUCCACUGUCCAGCAUCGUUCACUGGAACCCAUCUCUAGACCUUUCAUUGGAGUCAAAUGAAGACGUAGCAAAGCCGUCAACACUGUGUGCAACUAGUGCAAAUUAAACCAUUAUAUACAUACAAAUCUACAUACUGAUGAAUUUUGUGUGCUAACAAACAGAGCAAAUUUGGAAGAAAAUGAAAUGUUUGUUACAAAAGAGAUAUCUUGAGUUUUUCUAUUUCGUUUUGUUCAUUCUUUGUACAUUAAAUAGCUCUGCAUAGGAAAGCAUUAAAAUCACUGAAAAGAUGCUGCUCGUAAACUACUUUUAAAGCCUUCAUAUGUAAUCUACAUCAUUUUUUCAACAGUAACAAAAGCCAGGAAUCCUUUUGAUGAAAAAUAGUAAUUUGAUGCAAUUAUUUAAAAAACAGCCUUUUUUCAUUAUGUGAAUAUGCUUGUUCUUGUACCUAAUAGGAGUUUAGUUCCCUCUAUAGUGAUCCAGAAAACGGCUAAAGAAAAUCAAUGUUGAGCAA